AUGGCCACCCCUCAAGAGUCCAUUACGACGGUAAACGGGAGACGAUGCACUCGUUCUCGGGCCCGAACGGCCCUUACAACCUCGACGACUCCAGCAACAUCCGCAGCCGCCGCCCCUCCCCAAGUCACUUCGUCCACGACCGUUGAGGCGGCACCCAAGAUAGAGACCAGCACCAGCCAAGCACCUCCUCCGCCACCUCCUCCCUCUUCGACGGCACCGGCACCAGCGCCGACUACGUCUGCCCAACAGACAGCACAGCCGCCCCCCGCAGUGCCUACAACAUCUACGACGGAAGCAGCAGCAACGUCCGCGAUAGCUGUUCCAACGUCACUCGUUGCAUCUUCGCGCGCACCGGCUCGCUUCACAGCUCCGGCGAUAUCCGAAGGUGCCACAUCGGACGCGAGCCCUCCGCUGGCGAUAGAAACCGACACGAAUGCACAACCGUCUGUGACAGAAGCGCCGGCUAUCGCAGAACCACAACCCACUACUUCGCUAGUAGAUUCUACACCGACCGGAGGAUCGGCUGGCAUAAUUGCACCGGAACAAGGAAACUCUGGCGACAACAGCCCGUUGACCUUUGCGAACGGUGGAAACAUAGGAGGCAUAAUCGGGGGUGUCUUUGGCGGCGUAGCUGGACUGGCCUUGAUUAGCGUAUUGCUCUUCGUGUGCUUGCGAAAACGGAAGUCCCGGCCCGUGCGAUGGAACGAGAAGCAAGAGUCAGGCCCGAGUUUCCUGGCCAGGUUAAAGACGAUACCCAGCGGGGUGGGCGCAUUCGUUGCCAGGAUUAAAGGAAGCCAAUCCGGCCCGAUCAGCAAUCCCUACCAACGCCAUGCUGCGCAAGCCAGCGUUGGUUCGGUAUAUUCGAGGGACUCCAAUGGCAGAGGUCGAUCAACCAGCGAGCCGCAAGGAUUCUUCGGUGUCAAGCGCGCAGGUUCCAGUAACAGCAUGUCAAGCAAGAAGAGCGAGAGGAAUCUGCUCCGGAAGAAGCCGAGCAGCAUCUCAUCAAAUUACCGAUUUCCAGGAAUCGUCGAAGACACAGGUUCACCAAAUCCCUUCGCCGACCCAAAAAGCACGCUGUUGGUACUCAACCCGGAUCCUCGAAGCGCGCCUGUCACACCGCAGGUCCCUGUUGCUGCUGCCGACACGGAACCCAGAGAUCCUUUCGCAUCGAUCCAGGAUCCACCUGGAGCUGCACCGGCUUGGGCUCAAGUACCGACUCAUCAUCAUACACGUACUAUAAGUUCAGUAUCGGCCCUGAGCUCACAUCCCGUGUCCUCAUUCUAUACGACCGACAACCCGUUCCGAGAUCCACCUUAUGCACCGCCUGCCCCCAGCCAGGCUGUUCUCCCAAGCCAUACCCGCCGUUCAUCAAUGGCGUUACCAGGCUUCAACGCGUUAUCGACCGUGGAUGCAACCUCCACGUUCGCCUCUCGCGACUCUGAUAUGUUCUUCGGAGAACCAGGACCGAGCAGGCCCGCCACCAACUUCUUCACCCCAAUGCCAACUGGUCGUACGGUCCGACAAUCGGAUCCUUUCGACCUCGACCGACCCGAAGUCCUUGGCUUUACAAGCGUCUUCAACAUCAACAGAAAAGAAGUGGCCGGAAACAUCACGCGACAACCUACACGAAGUAAACGAACAAGUAGCGUCGGCAAUUGGGGCAACGCGGCGCCAGACGCCAACAACUAUGGACUGUUUCCCAGAGACAGCACAAAGCAGCCACCAUGGGGACCGAACGGCAGGAGAUGA